AUAAAAGAUUGUAUGCAAGUGCAUGCCGACUAUGAUAUUGGUAGUAUAGACGAGAAAUAUGACAUUAUUCCUGGAAGUCUGCAAAAGGGAUCAGAAAUUAAUCCUUAUAGUGCACAGAAGCAAGUUGACAGUGAUUCUUACAGUGUAGAAGAGGGAGUUGCCAUUGAUACUGAUCGUAUUGAAGAGGGAUCUGACAAUGACCUUUACAGAAAUCAAGAGCAAGUUGAACAAGAGCAAACCAGCAGUGAUCCUGGAAAUGAAAUAGAGGAAGCUGAAAAUGAUCAUGGGAGUACGGCGGAUUUUUUUGGUGCUGUAAUUGUGAUGAAUGAAAAGGAGGAGAGUGAUGUGUUUGCGAUGUGUUCCACUGUGAUGGCACUUGGAAGUGCGAGAACCAAUGAUAUUAUUGUAAAAAAUGCUGCUCCACAUGAGAUUAUACUUCAAGCCAAUAGGUUUGGAGAGGUGUUCCUUUUUCAAAACAAAACCAAAUUUUCAAAAGCACAUUGCCUUCAACAUGAUGAGGUAUUCUCAGCUGGGAGAAGACUGUUUAAAUGGAAAUAUCCUGUUGAACUUGAUGACAGACAUAGCGUUAGGUUCACAGAGAGAACUGAGAUUGAUCAUGAUUGUGAUAAUGAGUAUGAUGAGGAUGAUCAAGUUUUAGCAGAACAACAGGCUGACAUUGAUACUAGUAAUUUUAAGGAGCAAGCAGACAUUUAUCCACAUCAUGUAAAAAUACAGACUGACACUAUCACUGAUAGUGGAGAACAUCUAGUUGACAAUAUUGAUUAUGGAGAACAUAAGGUUGACAAUGCUGAUGGUGUAGAUCAACUUGUUGACAAUUCUUGUGUAGAACAACUGGUUGGCAAUACUGAAUGUGAAGAACAGGGAGCCAAUGAAUUAGAUUGUGAAAAGGAUUGGAUUGACAGUGAAACUGAACAAGAGACACUUGAUACUGAAAUCAAUGAUGAUGACAGCGUUAAAGACCCUGAUUAUUGGUGCACAGAAUCAGAUGCUAAGUAUAUAUCUGAAGAUGAUUACGUUUCAGACUCUGAUGACAACUCGGAUAUCAUACCAUUUUUAAAGCCACUUCCAAUGCUGCAAAAUAAAAGAAAGCUUGAAAGUGAUUGUUUAGGAAUUAAAAAGAUGAAGAAGAGUAAUCAAUGUGAAGUUGUAUCCCCAACAGAAAGCUCUGGAAGACAGACACAGCAUGCAAAUGCAUUAAGUAAUCAAUAUGACAAUGUGAAAUUGCAACCAAGCCGAAAUGAAAAAGGAAAGAGAGUUUGGGAUAAGUUGCAUGUCUGUGUGUACUGUGAGGAGAGUUUUACUAAUUUAACUAAACACCUCUUACGUCGCCAUAAAAAUGAAAAUGAAGUUGUUAGAAUUAGAAAUCUGCCUAAAAAAUCAAAAAUUAGAGCAGACUCCCUCCUUAAGCUUAGAAAUGCUGGUGACUAUAAACAUAACAUGGAUGUUUUGAAAAACGGAAAUGGUACUUUGAUUACAUGGUCAAGAAAAGAGGGAGAUGAACAUUGUCCAUCUGAUUACCUGCCUUGUGAAGAUUGUUUGGCCUUUUUUUUGAAAGACACUUUGUGGAGGCAUAAGAAAACAUGUCCAUUUAAAAAGGAUACUCAAGUAAAUAGACAAGUACAAUCAUCAGCUUCUCUUUUGUUACCAGUUUCGAAGAAAAUUAGUGCAGGAAUGAAAGAAAAAGUUAUAAAGAACAUGCUGUAUGAUGAAGUUACCAUGGCUGUGCGAAAUGAUAGUCUGAUUUUGGCUAUUGGAGAAAAAUUAUUUCAAAAACAUGGGCACCUUAAACACUUAAGUACAUACAUUAGUCAAAAGAUGCGAGAGCUAGGUAGACUCCUUAUUACUGCUAGAAAGAUAGACCCAAAAAUUCAGUUUCUAAGUGACCUAAUAUCUCCAGCAAAAUUUUCAGAAGUGGUAGUACCAGCUACCAGAGCACUAUGCAAGUAUGAUGAUAGCACAAACGGGUAUGGCAAUCCUUCACUUGCUAUAAAAAUAGGACACUUACUCAAGAAAUGUGCAAGAAUUAAGAAGUCAGCUUCCCUUAUUUCAGGAGAUUCAAUUUAUGGUAAACAGGCAGAUGAUUUUCUGAAUUUAAUUGAAAAUGAAUGGACAGAUGAAGUGUCCAGUUGUGCAUUACAAACACUGAAAUCAAACAAAAUGAACAAAGCACAAAUCCUGCCUCUGACUGAGGAUAUUAUGAAACUUCAAGGAUACCUACAGAAUUUGAGGAAUUCUAGUGUUGAAACACUACAGAAGAAAUUUUCCAAAUCGGCAUACGAUACUCUUAACCAGGUUACUCUAGCACGCCUAGUGCUUUUCAACAGACGUAGAGGGGGUGAAACCCAAAGAGUUACAGUAGAAGCCUAUGUUUCUAGGAGGAAUAAGUCUUCUAAUCUCCAAGAAGUGGAAGAAUAUCUCACACCUGUUGAGAAAAUGUUAUGUGCAACAUUUUCCCGAAUUGAAAUAAGAGGGAAGAAAGGACGUACUGUACCAGUCUUACUCACAUCUGAAAUAGAAAGCAAUAUUGACCUAUUGUUACAGCACAGGGAAAUGGCUGGAAUACAUCCAGAGAACCUGUAUUUAUUUCCUAGGUCCAAUUUCAAUUCAAAGGAGCCAAUUAGAAGUACUGAUGUUCUACGGAAAUAUGCUAAAGAAGCAAAUUUAUGUAAAGCAGAAAAUAUUACAAGCACGAAACUAAGGAAGCACAUAGCUACCGUUUCACAGGUCUUGAACUUGAGUAGACAUGAUUUAGAAACUAUGGCUGAGUUUAUGGGCCAUGACAUUGAUAUUCAUCGCUCAUUCUACAGACUUCCACAGGAGACAAUACAAGUUGUUAAAAUGGGAAGGCUACUGAGUGCUUUUGAUAAUGGAACCAUUGCUCAGUAUAGAGGGAAGACUUUAGAUGAGAUAACAGUUGAAUCAGAUACUGAACUUACCAGUGACUCAGACAGUGACACAGGUAAUGAUGAUGAUUGUGAGGCUAGCAUCUUGAAACCGAAUGAAACCGAAAUCUUGAAACCGAAUGAAACCGAAAUCUUGAAACCGAAUGAAGAAGCAGUCAGAGGAAAGAUUCAGAGGUUGACAGAGGAGCAGACAAAAACACUUAGAAGUCUCUUUCAGGCCAAUAUUACUCUUAGGCGAGAACUGAAACAACAUGAAUGCAUUAAUGUUAUUCAUAAAUAUCCGUGCCUGAAAUCACUGGAUUGGAAAAAAGUUAAAAACACAAUUCACAACUGGAUAACUUUAGAAAAGAGGAAGCUGAAAAAAGUCUGAAAUUUCAUUGAUCUAGCUUCUUGGUUAGAAGUUAGUUUGGUUACUCCCUUAUUUUCAGCCUUGCAAGUUAAUGACAUUCACUGCUCCAUACAUCAUAGAGGGUUCUCAACAUAUAUCAAUGAAUUGGUAACUUAGAUAAGACUAAUGCAAACUCCAUCAUUCUAAAUGUUGAAUAAUGUAUCCUUGUUAGUGGUAGAGAAUACACCAUUACUGACUGCAUCUGUGUUUGGAUUGAGUAAUGUGUUAAGUAGAUGUGUUACACAGUUCUUCUUUUACAAUUAACUGUAAGUUAUCCAGUUAACUGUGGAAUCCAAAGAAGUGAUUUUAAAAACAAUUGAAUAUCUACAAUUGAAACAUUUUAGGUAACUAAUUUAAUCUUCUAACUAAAUAAUAAGCAUUCUUGCACAUUGAGCUGGCCAAGAAAAAUGUGUUAGAGGAAGUUAUCUUGUCUAAACAUCAGCUGUAUCUAGUUAGUGAAUGUUAGCAGAAGUUGAUAUUAUCUGAAAAUAGCUCAUAUUUUCAACAAUAUUGUAGUGGGAAUUUACUUUUUACAAGCUUGUCCCUACAAGAGAUUAUAAAGAAAAAAA